AACAGGAAUUCUGCAAAAUUCUGCGUUUGCGUCGACAUCGUGACCUUCGCUGCGCCACAUUCAUUGCCAGUGUCAGCAGCGCAUAAAUAAAAUCAAUGGAAGACUUAACCCCAUUGACCAACCUUCAACAGAUCGCCGAUCCCGCAAAGCGCAAGCCGAAGAUGUCCGAACGACAACCGUUGCUGCUGCAAAGCGACGCCUCCGAUUAUGAGGGUAAUCGCAGCGGAAACGAUUUAAUCCGGCCACCGGUACGCAGCUCACCGCCGGACAGUACGCUGGUCAAUGUGCACAGCGAAGACAGCAUCGCAGUGCACGCGGCAGCCGCUGGCGGCGAUGAUGAGGACGAGCAGAGCAGCCAAACGGGCGAGGAGAACAGCAAAUCGAUCUAUAAUCCCACACAUCAUCGCACACUGGAGCAUCCCACAUCGAAUUUCGAUACGUUGGUGCAUUUGCUGAAGGGCAACAUUGGCACUGGCAUAUUGGCCAUGCCGGAGGCGUUCAAGAACGCGGGUCUCUAUGUGGGACUCUUUGGCACGCUGAUAAUGGGCGCUAUUUGUACGCACUGCAUGCACAUGUUGGUCAAUUGCUCGCAUGAGCUAUGCCGGCGACUGCAGCAGCCGGCAUUGGACUUUCCCGAGGUGGCCUUCUGCAGCUUUGAAACGGGUCCAUUGGGCCUCAGACGUUACUCGCAUUUGGCGCGACGUGUUGUCACCACCUUUCUGUUCAUCACACAGAUUGGCUUUUGCUGCGUUUACUUUCUGUUUGUGGCACUAAAUAUCAAGGAUGUGAUGGAUCAUUAUUUCAAGAUGGAUGUACGCAUCUAUUUGCUAUUGAUGCUGUUGCCCAUGGUGCUGUUGAAUCUGGUGCGCAACUUAAAGUACCUGACGCCCGUCUCUCUGAUUGCGGCUGUCCUGACCGUGGCUGGCUUGGCCAUUAGCUUCUCCUAUAUGCUGCACGAUUUGCCGGAUACGCAUACGGUCAAACCAGUUGCCACCUGGGCCACAUUGCCGCUAUAUUUUGGCACCGCCAUCUAUGCGUUUGAGGGCAUUGGCGUGGUGCUGCCAUUGGAGAAUAAUAUGCGCACACCCGAGGAUUUUGGUGGCAGAACAGGUGUCCUCAACACGGGCAUGGUCAUUGUUGCCUGCCUGUACACCUCCGUUGGUUUCUUUGGCUAUUUAAAGUAUGGUGAGGCUGUUAAGGGCAGCAUUACGCUCAAUUUGCCGCAGGGCGAUUUUCUAUCGCAGCUGGUACGGAUAUCCAUGGCCGUGGCUAUAUUUCUGUCCUACACCCUACAAUUCUAUGUGCCCGUCAACAUGGUGGAGCCCUUUGUGCGCAGCCAUUUUGAUACCACGCGUGCCAAGGAUCUGGCGGCUACGGUGCUACGCACAGUUUUGGUCACAUUUACCUUUAUUUUGGCCGCCGUUAUACCCAAUCUGGGCUCGAUUAUCUCGCUUGUUGGUGCCGUCAGCAGCUCCGCUUUGGCGCUCAUUGCGCCGCCCAUUAUAGAGAUUAUAACAUACUAUAAUGUGGGCUAUGGCCGCUAUAACUGGAUGCUUUGGAAGGAUUUUCUAAUAUUAAUAUUUGGGCUGUGCGGUUUUGUUUUUGGCACUUGGGCGAGCUUGGCACAAAUUCUGAAUCCGAGCAUAGAUUAAGGGCACCACCCAGAUUCUAGCAUCUCCUCCAAUAUUUAAUGAUCGUGUGCGAAUUUACGACGAAGGCUUUACUGUAGUUUUUUACUACAACUCUACGAUAAGUUUUUGUUUUUGAGUUAGAUAGUUUUAUUUGUGUUUAGUUUGAACGUUUAGUUUGCUUUUGUUGCCCAAGCACCCAAAGACGUUGACGUUAACAGGUGCUACAUUUUGAAUAUGUUAGUCGAUUUUAUUUAUUUUAAUUAAGCGCAAAUAAUUCGAUUUGUACCAGACAAUAAUUAGCAUUUUCUAGGGCUUCAAAUUGUUGUUUUAUGUCUUCAUUUUUGUUUUUUUUUUGUAUUGUCUCAUUUAAAGUGACUUUUGUUAAGGUAAAGUUUUUUCUUUCUGUACAUUUUUAAUCGAGUAUCGCACAAUGCCAAAAGUGAUUUCGUAUAGUAUUCCUAAACAAUGUUUGUUUAGUUUUAACUGUUAUCGGUUUUAGUUUAAGGUCAGCGCCGCUCAUUCCAAUUGCCAAUGGCCGCAACAAAUUGUGUUUGAAAAUAUAACUACGUAUAGCUUAA